AUGGCAAGCGGGGGCCAUACUCCCCAGCCUCCUCCAUCCCAUCCCUCCCCUCCUUCUUGGGCUCAAAUUGCCUCCAAGGUUACAUCCACCCAAGAAACCUCUCCCCUGUACAAUCCUGCGAUUCUCAACAAACUAAAAGAAUCUACUUCAGAGUUCAUUAAACUGGACAAUGAUACCUUGAAUCGAGCUCGCCUUCGUUUCCAACACUCACUCUUUGGGAAGUUUUUUGGUAAACCUCCUCUGUUUGAACAAGUGAAGAUCUUUCUCUUGAAGAAAUGGGAGAACAUUGGGGAAGUUCUGAUCUCGGAUUUACCUAAUGGCUUCAUCCUUAUUCGUUGUCCUAAUGAUAAUGUUUUACAGCGCCUUCUCUCUGAAGGUCCUUGGACCAUCAAUGGUAUUAUCUUGCAGCUAUCUCCUUGGCGCCCUUACUUCGAACCUUCUUUCACUAAGCUGACUACUGCAGCAAUCUGGAUCCAACUUCAUAAUCUUCCAAUUGAAUUCUGGAGUGGUGAUACACUUGAAACCGUUUCCAGUCAUCUUAGAAGGCUUCUGAAAAUCGAUGAACUCACUCUCUCUCUUACCCGAACCAAAUACGCUAGAAUUUGCCUUGAACUGGAUCUUUCCAAACUACUCAGCAAGGGUUUUUGGCUUGGAGAUGAUAUCCAUCGUGUCUUUGUUGUGGUUCAAUAUGAGCGUCUUCCAACCUUUUGCUACUCCUGUGGAGUGAUUGGCCAUGGCUCUAGCUCCCCGUAG